ACUAGGUGAAUAAAACCAACUGAAAUUGGAAUAAUGUGUGAAAAUGAAAUUGAAAUCGAAAAUUACGAUAAGUACAAAGAACCUUCAUUUCAAUUUGUUGCCAAAAUCGAAGAGUAUCAUAUCAAUAACCUUUCAUAUAACGAUUUCUUCGAUCGAUUCAUGGUGAAAAAUAUACCGGUGCUGAUCAAUGGAAUUGCCGAUCGAUGGGAAUGCCAGAAUUGGAUUGACUCCAGCCACUUAGUAAACAUUGAAUAUUUAAGACAAAAAAUUGACAAAACGCAAAAUGUACCAAUCGCCAACUGUGGAAAAGUGUAUUAUAAUUCACAUGAAAAGUCGGAGAUGCAAUUUGGUGCAUUCGUUGAUUAUUGGACAAAUAAAAUGCAACAGAAUGAAUGUGAUUCGACAAACUUACUGUAUUUAAAAGAUUGGCAUUUGCGUCGCAGCCAGCCAGAUUAUCAAUUUUAUACGACGCCUAUUUAUUUUGCUUCCGAUUGGUUGAACGAAUACUGCGUGGAGAAGAGAAUUGACGACUAUCGCUUUGUUUACAUGGGGCCGAAGGGAACAUGGACUCCGUUUCACGCCGAUGUAUUCUCAUCGUUUAGUUGGUCUACUAACAUAGUUGGAACUAAGAAAUGGAUCUUCCUCCCACCACAAGAAGAAGAUAAAUUAAGAGACAACCUUGGCAAUUUACCGUUUGACAUUGACGAGGAAAAAUAUCAAAAUCUAAUUCAUGAAAAAAACGUACGUUCAUUCGAAGUAAUACAACGUGCUGGCCAAACUGUUUUCGUACCCAGUGGCUGGCACCAUCAAGUAUGGAAUUUAGAAGAUACAAUUUCAGUCAAUCACAAUUGGUUCAAUGGCUGUAAUAUUCACUGCAUUUGGAAUGCGAUUUAUGCCAAAUACAAAGAUGUUUUGCGAGAAAUCGAUGAUUGCAAAGAUAUGGACGGCUUUGACGAGCAUUGUCAACUAAUGCUGAAAUCCGAUUUUGGUCUUGAUUUUCAAAUGUUUCUCGACAUUUUGGAAUGUGUGGCGACAAAUCGAUUGAAAAUCCUGCAAAUGAGCUGUGAAUUGAUGUUAAAUGAAAGUAAACUUGGCCGAAAGCAUUCUAUUUACGAUUUAAUGUCCAUUCGUCGAGUUCUGGAGGAUUUUUAUACAAAGUGUAUCUUAGAAAAUUUACAAAAAUCUAGUCAAGCUUUAAUUUUAGAAAUUAAUCAAGUCCUACGAUAGAAGACUUCCAAUUAAGAUUAAUUCCAAUAAAAAAAAUAUAUUUGAAUC